GCCUUGUGGAAAGCUAGCUCUAGGACAGAAUGGUAUCAAGAUUAUCAGUGACAAGUCGAAUUCUGUGGUUAUGUUUUUGCGAAUACAGAAAGAUAUAUAACCAUUGCAAUUUGUUUCAUCAUAAUUUUCUAAAAUUUUAUUUGGCAAAAAAAUAAAUAAUGCACAGGUUUGUAUGGCCUGGAUAUAAAAAGUAACCAGUAUUUUUAAAUCUACACUUACUGAUAAGUUAUGGCAGACAAUAGAAAACAGACUUCACCUAGCCGUUGGUUCAGUGACUUCUAACAAGAUGCACAACAUGAACUGCUCUGCUAGGUUGUCCUCUCUAAAAGUGUUGUUGUUCUUUUCAUAUGUAAAAAUUAUAAAUCAAAUAGAUUCCUCAUAGCCUUUAUUUUACUUUGAAUUCACGUGGGGGGUUCUCCCGUAUAUGGGCUUUACAGGUAUGUGAGGCCUCAAAGGGAAGGGUUUUCAUUCGUUUUAUGGUCAUAGAUAGGGUAUCAAUUUUAGCCAUUUUUGUCAUAAAUAGGGUCUGGCUUAUCCCCUCUUGAAGUUACUUUUUGAGGUCAUAAAUAAGGAAGGGAAAAUCGCAUUUUAGUCAUCAAUAGGAUAAGGGUUUUGGGAAGCGGGCCACACACCCCCCAACCCAAUUUUUCCGUUAGUAUCCCCCGGCACUCCACCUCACUCUCUUCAGUUACCGUAACACCUUUAGACUUCAAUCAGUUCGAAUACAGGAGAAUUGGGGAUUUUGGGAGGGCAAGCGCAAGGCAGGAGGGAAGAAAACUUUUACUAACAAAAUUGGGUUCACUGAUUGUAAACAAAUGGUUGUAAAAUGGUUUCGUUGCGGAUAUUUCUACAGGCUUGUGGCUAAAUGGUAAUCUUUGAAAUAAGGAUGUGAUAUACAUCAUUGCAGAUGUAAGCACUACUUAGUACACGAGAACUCUGUUUAAACUUGGACCUGUAAACUUAUACACUUCACCACUGACUCGCGAAAUAGCAACUCUUAUCGGGAUGGUUACUAGUACAACACGAUGUAAACUAUGGCAGAGGGACACACACAUAUAAGCAGUCACUUAAUUAAGUAAGUAAAGUUCAACUGUACUGAAGUUAUCUUCAAUAGAUAACUGCCUGCGUCAUAAUCUGGUCCAAACAACUGCAACUUCGCCAAAGGCUAUCGCUUCCUCUACAAAAUGGACAGCUUCACCUACGCAAGGUAAUGUUCAACGUUUUAUAAGUUUGACAUUUGCUUUCCUAUUCCGUGCCUGUAGAGCUACCAUGCGCAUGGAGUAAGUGGCAGAGCCUUCAGCAUUGUCAUCGAUUUUAUAUAUUUUUCUUUGUUGAAGAUAGCACUUUGCACAAACAUAUCUAAUGUACAUGUCUUCUUUACCCAAUUACUUUCGAUCAGUUCACGCUCAAGGCUAAAUGUACUGAGUGGUUUUCGCUUAACUGGAUGUCGAACGUAUUCUCAUUUGAUCUGGUUUUGCAUUUCUCCCCUAGGAGAUUGGGUUAAGAACUUGCGCUGCUUUCUCAUCCAAUCAGAAGUAAAACCAAAACCAAUCCUAAUUCCCUCGUACUGAUUGGUUCACUGGAUUGUCUGCUUUCUUUGUUAUGGACCAAAGUAAUGACUUUGGUUGUGGUUUUACGACAUUCGAUUAAAACCGCUGUUACCUGCUUUAAGCCUACUUACAAAAGCAUUCUAAGCAACUUUUGUCAUUUAUUAGAUUUUACCAGAGACCCAGAAGGAGGUAAGCAGGCUCAUGACAAAGAUAACUGCUCCUCAGUAGUGAUAAUUGUUACGUCGCUAGUAGCAGUAUUAUCUGUUGCGUUCCUUAUUCUUGGUGCAUGUUUCUUAUCUUGGCGAAAGAAACAACGAAAAGAUGUAAGAAAUGCAACCGAUGCAAGGGACCAACUUGAUAAUCAAGAAAGGUCGUCGUUGAGCCCAGAAAAUGUGGCGAGAGGGCUUGGGUUCUCUGAGGAAGCAGAACCCUGUGAUAUGAAACGCGAAAAUCAGUGGCGGAAAACAAAUCAGUCUUCGAGUCAAGAGUGUGGAUAUGCCAUGUUGACUCCUCGUGCAAUGAUGCUGCCAGGGGAUAGUUCCUAUGCAUCGCUGGUGAAAUCAAAACAAGAAGACUGUAUCAGUGAAUCUCCUGUCGCCGCUUCUCCUUUGCUGCAACACGAUGACGAACGUCAUGAUCAGCUGCCCACAUACGUCAAUGCGCGUUCUGCAAACUACGCGAAUGUAUAACUGGAUGGAUGAAGAGGGAACGUGAUGACAUAAGUAGUCCAUACUUGCCCUGGGUUCCGCUCGAAUUCGAGAUAUUGAUUAAGAGAUAUUAGCUUAAAUAAUGGCCAGUUGAUGCCAAUGCCUUCAGUCAUACAUGAAGUUAAUUUCAUCUGUUCUCAAGGAAACUAGACAAACAAUUGAUUGACUUAGUGUUAAUGGCGCCGAUGUUGAGAAAUUUCGAAAUUUAAACAUUUUCAGAAACACUUCCACCUAAAGCUGCUGUCAAAAGCGAUGCUAUGAAUGAUUACUUCAGUGUUUAAUUAUAUCUUAGCAGAUAAACAGUUAGUUGAAUAACAAGGAUAUGUUACAAUUUUUAUCACAUGGAAGAAUGGUUUUAGAAGUUUAUGUUGCAACAUUGCCGAAUGUUGAAGAAUGAUCAUAGUAUAUAGUAGGAAUUACAACGUCUCCAUGCAGGUGUUCUUCCCUUGACAUAUUUUAUUCAUGAAGCCAUUCAUAGACAACUUGUUUACUAAGUGAUAGAUCCUGCAAACAGGAUAGCUUUUGUUUGGUUAUAGCGACUUCAUAGUCUUGUUGCUAUUCCUUAAACUCCAGCUUGUUACAUGUUUUUAUAGAGAGGAAUCACAAGGCUUUUUUAAGCCAACUCGUGCUACACUUUGUUUUCUAUGACAAUAUUCGUUAUAAGAAUAUUGAGGUUGAAAUUUGGGAAGUUUGUAGAAUAUUUUAAGAAUAAACCCGAGGGUGAGGUUUUGAGAAGAAUAUAAUUUUGUGUGUCGAAAAAUUAUAAAUACAGUACAAUUAUUUGCAUUUAACUAAACCUCAUAAAAGUUCCUCCUUCCAUAAACGGCAAAGCUAGCCAAAACACGAAAACAAAAACAGUACUAGCCGUAUGUUCGAUGCUAAUAGAAUUUCUCCAAGACGUUAUGUGUGUCAUAUUAGGCUUUAUUUCUUGCAGUCUGGCUCCAAAUUAAUUCAACGCCCUCCGUUAUGAUAUAAGACAGAUAAUCGGACGCUGUGUCGGCAUAGUCCACUUUGUAUUCCUAUAAUCUACAUGUAAGA